AAUAUAGCGAGAACUAUCCCUCAAAUUGAAGGCCUCUCUCUCUUUUGCCUUUGGUGAGCGGCUAUCGAGGGAGGAGGAAACAGAGGAGCGCAGCAACGCAAAGGUAGAUAAGAGGCGGCGGCUCGUCGUCCUCUCCCAGGCUAAUUGGUCAUCGCGGGAGGUAGAAGAGAGGACGAGAGAGACGAAUGGGACUGGGAGGCGGAGAGGACCGUGAGGAAGGUGUAAUGGCGACGGAUUUUUUCUGGUCGUACACGGACGAGCCCCACGCCUCUCGCCGAAAGGAAAUCCUCGCUCGGCACCCCCAGAUCCGGGAGCUCUUUGGCCCCGACCCCUGGGCGUUCCUCAAGGUAAGUGCCGUUGUUCUUCUUCAGCUAUGGACGGCAACCUAUCUCCACGACGCAAGCUGGCUGAAGAUACUAGUAGUUGCAUAUUUCUUUGGCUCAUUCCUCAACCACAACCUUUUUUUGGCCAUCCAUGAGAUCAGUCACAACCUUGCGUUCUCAACUCCAUCCUACAACCGUUGGUUAGGGAUCUUGGCCAACCUUCCAAUUGGUGUCCCCAUGUCCGUUACAUUCCAAAAGUAUCACUUGGAGCACCAUCGCUACCAAGGUGUUGAUGGAAUGGAUAUGGAUAUUCCUAGCCACGUCGAGGCUCACGUUGUGACCAAUGCGAUAGCCAAAUCCAUAUGGGUCCUUUUCCAGCUAUUCUUCUAUGCUUUAAGACCAGUCUUUCUCAAACCAAAACCCCCUGGCCUAUGGGAAUUCACCAAUCUAACAAUCCAACUUGCACUUGAUGCCUCUCUGGUCUAUUUCUGGGGAUGGAAAUCCUUUGCAUAUCUAAUACUUGCAACAUUUGUCGGAGGGGGUGUGCACCCAAUGGCAGGCCAUUUCAUCUCCGAACACUAUGUCUUUAAUCCAGAGCAGGAGACUUAUUCAUAUUAUGGACCCUUAAAUCUCAUGACAUGGAGCGUGGGAUAUCACAACGAGCACCACGAUUUCCCCAGAAUACCGGGUACCAAGCUCUACAAGGUGAAAGAUAUUGCUCCCGAGUACUACGAGAACUUGAAAUCAUACAGGUCUUGGAGCCAGGUGAUCUACAUGUACAUCAUGGACCGCACGGUCGGACCCUUCAGCCGGAUGAAGAGAAAGGCACCGAAGAGUGCAGUGACCGUCAAGAAAGACGAGUAGGACCGCUGAUCACAACAAUCUUUGUUGCUUGACUUGAGAUUCCAUUUCUUUGAGCUGUUCAGAAUGCGCUAAUAUUGAUGGAUUCCACCACUUGUUUGUUCAUCAUCCUAGAAAGUAUAUUUCAGUGAUUUCUCUUUCUGUCUCUUGCUAUGGAUUUAGGAGAAGAUGCCAUUUUUUUUGUACCAUUUCCUGUACCCAUACUGGAUAACUGUUGACAACAAUUUGUUAGAAUUUGAUGCCAGAUUUUGUUUCCCCAUAA